AUUUUUCAUUUUGUGAGACACGAGACGUUGAGGGCACUCGGCUGACAUCAGAGAAGAAAGAAGAAAAAUCAACGAUAUUUUGCCAAUUUUUCCGCCCACAAAUUCGAAUUAGUGUCUGACCGAAUGCCUUGUCAUUAACAUUCUCUGUACUCUUCAUCCCCUAUAGGAAAUUAUGCUCUACACUGUAAUCAACCUCCUAGCACAAAUCUAUUGCAAUGGACCAAUUCUUCAAACUGUACAAGAUUCACACAUGUUUCCAGACUCGAAGCACUUCGUCGAUAUGUCACUAAAAUAUGAUCCAAUUACGACACUUCGACAUUUCGACGAGCUUGGUGAUCGAACUUCAGAUAUGAUUAUUUUAAGGGAAUUUGUAACUUCACAUUUUAAUCCGCCUGGAAGUGAGCUGGUUGAAUGGUUUCCUCCAGAUUGGGUCGAUUUUCCAUCAAACUUUUUGAAUAUUCAUGAUUAUCACCAUAGACGAUGGGCAUUGCAUUUACAUAGGAUUUGGAAAGAUUUAUGUAGAAAAGUUCGAGAUGACGUCAAGCAUCGUCAAGAUCACUAUUCACUUCUAUAUGUUCCUCAUCCAUUUAUUAUCCCGGGUGGUCGAUUUUUGGAGUUCUACUAUUGGGAUACUUUCUGGAUACUCAAAGGGCUUCUCUUCUCAGAAAUGUAUGAAACAGCUCGAGGAGUUAUCAAAAAUCUAGGAUAUAUGGUUGAUAAUCACGGUUUCGUACCAAAUGGAGGUCGUGUCUAUUAUCUAACACGUUCCCAACCACCUCUAUUGACACCGAUGGUCUACGAAUAUUACAUGAGCACAGGAGAUUUGGAUUUUGUAAUGGAAAUUCUUCCAACCCUUGACAAAGAAUACGAGUUUUGGAUUAAAAAUCGACAGGAAUGGUUCAAAGACAAAGAUGGUGUCAAGCAGUUUCCAUAUUAUCAAUAUAAGGCUAAACUCAAAGUACCGAGACCAGAAUCAUAUCGUGAGGAUUCGGAAUUAGCAGAGCAUCUGCAAACUGAAGCGGAGAAAAUUCAAAUGUGGAGUGAGAUAGCGUCGGCUGCCGAGACGGGAUGGGAUUUCUCCACUCGAUGGUUUUCUCAAAAUGGAGAUACAAUGCAUCGAAUGGAUUCUAUAAGAACGUGGAGCAUUAUCCCAGCCGAUUUAAACGCUUUCAUGUGUGCAAAUGCUCGAAUUCUGGCGAGUCUUUAUGAAAUUGCUGGUGAUUUCAAAAAAGUGAAAGUAUUUGAACAACGAUACACUUGGGCAAAACGGGAAAUGCGUGAAUUACAUUGGAAUGAAACAGAUGGUAUUUGGUAUGAUUAUGAUAUCGAAUUGAAAACUCAUUCAAAUCAAUAUUAUGUAUCAAAUGCUGUUCCUUUGUAUGCAAAAUGUUAUGAUGAUGAUGAUGAUAUUCCACAUCGUGUUCAUGAUUAUUUAGAGCGCCAAGGACUAUUGAAAUACACAAAAGGUCUUCCAACAUCUCUUGCAAUGAGUAGUACGCAGCAAUGGGAUAAGGAAAACGCAUGGCCUCCAAUGAUUCAUAUGGUUAUCGAAGGAUUCCGUACAACUGGUGACAUAAAACUGAUGAAAGUUGCUGAAAAGAUGGCAACGUCAUGGCUUACUGGAACAUAUCAGUCAUUUAUCAGAACUCAUGCUAUGUUUGAAAAGUAUAAUGUUACUCCACAUACUGAAGAAACUUCUGGAGGAGGUGGAGGAGAAUAUGAAGUUCAAACUGGCUUUGGUUGGACAAAUGGCGUUAUUUUGGAUUUAUUGGACAAAUACGGAGAUCAAUUUGCAUCCAGCUCUACAGCUUCCAAAUUCAGUUUUUCCCUUUCGAAUAUCACAUUUGUAGUUUUUAUUUUGUAUAUUUUCUCAUAGAUUCCUGUAGAAUUUGCACCUGAUUUUAUUAUUUUCUGUUGUGUAUAGUCCAGUUCCCUCAUUUAGAUCUUUUUUAACUAAAGAAUCAAAAACAUUGCCAUAGCGAUUGCCUUAAUUUUUUUGUUUUAAAUAUCAAACUCACAUUUUGCUUUUUCUCAUCCGGUCCAACCCCCCAUUUUCAGAUUAUAACGAUUGUUUUCUUUCGGGUUCUUUUUUUCCUUAUUUUCAAAAAACCUUUUUUAGUUCAUAAAAUUUUUACUUAUACCAGUUCCUUAUACCAGUAUAUAUUGGUUUUUAUGUCACGCAAUUCUAAUGUAAUAUAUUUGAUUUAUCA